ACAGAAUCGCUCCUCUUAGUACUCUUAUUAGAAGUGUUAUCAUCGAAUAUAAGUUUUUUCAAUAAAUUCUUAUCGUUUUACAAUCUUUCUAGAAUACAAUGACGUCAGCAAUCGAUCAUUUUCGCGAAUUUAUUGUAAAUUAAUUGGGGGAAUAUCUGGAGUUCUUUAUCGGUUUCGACUGUAAAAUCAGCAACUAUUCGAAUUUUUCAUUCAUAAUUGUGACAUUUUCGACUCUUCCGUUCCCAAGAUCCUCUUGAGAGAUUUUUGGCACGUUCCAUCACCCUUGUUAAACGAGUGCACAUUGGUGGAUAUAUUGAUUUUAAAAACCAAUACGUGAACGAGGUUUAUUAUCUCACUGGGACAAAGAAAUCCGUUUUAUUCGCGAAUUUUCCGUGUUUCUUCUUAAUUUUCGUGAGUGUCUGGCGCGGAGCAUUAUUUGAAUGAACUUUUCAUCGUUCAGAUUAUAUUUCGUUUAAAAAGAUUGAAAUUGAUGUCGAGAAGAAAUGAAACAAGGUGCUCGGGCAUUCUUUCGUUUCCCGGGGAAAGAGAAAUAUGAAAAAAACGGUCGUUCUUCCUCCUGCCAUUUUCGUCCAUUACCAAAAUGUUUUUGCCAGAGUUGACCUGACGUGCUACUUCAGUUUCCAUCUUCGCUUCUCGAAACUUCCAACGUCCUUGGUGUUGGAGUCUCCUUGCCCAGAAUGUACCACACCGGACAAUCAAGAAGGCAGGUGCCUUGACUACAGAAAAUGUAAACCUCUGCAAGAAAUAUGGCAGAUACAGUACCGUACAGCCACCGAUUUUUAUAGACGAUCAGUGUGCAGAUACCAGGGCAAUGUUACGAUCGUUUGCUGUCCGAACGAUCCAAACAAAGAGAAGAGAGAAAUUUUAAUCAAAACUGUGUAUAAGUAUAAGGCUUUGCGACCACCAUACUGUGGUUUUAGCAACGUCUCUCAUACCAGGGUGGUGGUCGAUGGUAAACCAGCUGAACUUGGUACGUUUUAUGUCUUUCUUUCCGAUUAAUAAUAAGCCAUUUACUGCAAAGA